GAUUCGCUGCCGGCGUGGGUUGAAAGACAAACCUCCAAGGUGAUGAAUCUGCCGAAAGAUGUCAGCCAUGCUUACCUCUACAUUGUCAGCAAUGGUGACGAGGAUUUGCCACCUUUGGCAUGGGCGAAGUUCCCGAUUUCCGUGCACGCGCUGAACAGGGCGCAGUGGACACCAGUGAGAUUCGACCAAUCAGUCGUCAAGCUGAACGGCAGCAAGUCGUACCAUGAAGACAUGGCAGGAAUGCUUCUUGGGAGCGUCUGCAUACAAACUGGCGAGGAGGAAGACCUGAACUCGAACCGUGCCGUUCCUUCUGGACGUCCUGCUCCCAUUGACCCGGUGGAAUCAGUAAAGGAGGUCAAGGACAAACCCGAGCCUGAGAUAAGAGAGGAGGCUCCAGUGGUGACGCGACCUUUCUCUUUGUUGUGCUCUGCGGUGGGGGAGACGCAGUUGAACGUGGGCUCUCGGGGCAAGGUGACGACUGCUCUUGGACAGGUAGAGACAAAGAAGGUGUACAUCCACCUCGAUGUGCUGGCAGCCAGGUCAUUGCCGUCUGGUGACGAGGAUGGAGUUCCCGAUGCUUGCUAUGAGGUGAAGGCUUCCGGUCGCAUUGAAUACAGGAAUGUGCGGUGCAACUCGUUCGACCAUCUGAAUCCGUGUCUGAGCUGUGCCGUGGACCGGAAGGUCGGGGAUCAGACAGCUCUGCUUCACGAGAAAGAUCCCUUCUGCUCCUUGGAUCCAGUUUUUAUGGAUCGCCUCACGAUCGGGCCAGUCGAAGCCGAGGUCUUAAAGGGGCCGGAUGGCGAAGACGAGCUGGAUCUACCACCCAUAGUUGUCCGUGUGUUGGACAAGGACUACCACACGGUCAGCUCCAGCUUCGAGGUGUUGGGGCGGGCAAUUAUCGACAAUGUGCCGUUGUUGCAGUUUGCCGAAGACGACGUGCCCCACGUCGGACAAGGAGGAAAAGCAGCCGUUAGCAAGCUCGACGCUUUUCUCAACAAGCAUCAUUCAGCUGUUUGGUAUGCACUGAAUUCUGACCUCCGGCUGAAGUUUCGUCGGAAUGCAUUUGGGGCAUCCGCCGACGGCGCCUGGGCACGUCGACCCCGACUGCUCAUG